AUGAGUGAUAAGUCGACGCAAGUUGUACUUCCAUUGCUGAACGUUGUCAACAAGAGCUCCGAUAGGCCUGACCGUUCAGUCACCUCCGCCGUCUUUACGGCGAUGACCUCGCUCUGUUCCUACGAAACGCAGCGGCCAAGGACCACUGGAAUUAGCAGAUCGGCGCUCUCCGCCAUGCACUCCAUGACUGUCCGAGUCGCUGCUACCAUCCUUAGUUGGUGA